GUAGCCCGAAAGACAGGAUAAAUCUCCAUACGGAUACUGUAAUGAAGUGAUUGUCCAAAUAAUUUCGUGUUUAUUUGUGAAUAAAUACAAUCCUUCUCACAUGAGCAAAGCCUUUCGAACAGAAAAAGAAAGAGGAAAGGGGAAAGUUGCAAAUCAUAUUUGAUAGAAAGGAUAUGCGUAACCCUGAGCUUCGGCAGGACCGCGGAGACUGAUGGGCACAGACUAAAUAUGCUGAUGGAUACAUGGCUGAACCUGGUGAUGAGGUCAUGGCAGUUCUGUGCUGUUUUGUCCACCUGAACUGGUCACCCAGGGACAGGAUUCCUCCUCACAACAAGACACGCUGAGUGACACCCCUAAGCAGCGGCAGAGCAUCACAAGCAGGUUGCAGGAAUACCUGUUGCUACAGAGCGCUAGCAGUUUGGCAGGUGAAGUGGUCAGAGCUACAGUGGUGAGGUGUCAGGUUUAUAUAGUAUCACAUUAGGACCAUGGGCGAUAUGAAGACCCCGGACUUUGACGACCUGCUUGCAGCGUUUGACAUCCCCGACAUGGUCGAUCCCAAGGCGGCGAUCGAGUCUGGCCACGACGACCAUGAGGGGCAGCUCAAGCACAGCGUCCCCUCUGAGGAGGAGUCCAACGUCCCCUCGGCGCCCGACGUCGGGGUCAGCGUCAUCGUGAAGAACAUUCGCAACAUCGACGCCAGCGAACAAACACUCGCCGACAAGGAGAUUCACCCUUCCAUGGGGAACGGCCUACACAAUGGGUUCCUAGCUAUGUCCCCCGGUGACCGGUAUGUAAAAGACAGUGGGAAAUCCCAGAAGGAUGAGGGGCAUGGACUUGCCAUCAGUAACUCCUCGUUCAACCAGUUCAGCCCCAUCUCCAGCGCAGAGGAGUUUGACGAUGAUGACAAAAUCGAAGUUGACGACCCUUCGGACAAGCAGGCAAGCCUGCCCGGAUUCAGGCCGAACCCCCUCAUGGGAUCGGCAGUCAAGAGAGAGGAGGAGAUGCCAAAAGCCGGCGUAGCGGACAUCUUAUCAAAGCCCGGGACAAAUGGCAAUUUCGAUAAAUCGAAAAUAGAAGGUGGCAACAGCACUUUGGGUGGCCUGAACCUGUACGAUCUACAAAAACCAAGAAAACUGGAAGAACAGCCCAAAGAGAUGGUUCCAAAGUCCAAAGAGGGGAAGGAGUGUGGGGAUGCAGCAGGCUUGAAUGUAUCCAGCCUCUCUCAAGCUAAGGCUAAGUCGUCAGCGAAGCUUUCUUCCUGCAUUGCUGCUAUUGCUGCUCUCAGCGCCAAGAAGGCCACUACAGACUGCGCAGUACCUGAGCUCCACACUACAUCCCGUGACUCCCCCAUGGAAGCUAGAGAGAGUCCCAGGGUCACUGACAAGCCCUCUGAGCCCGAGUCUGCCUUGGAGCUGGCUAAGAGGAUGCUCUCCAAGCAGCCCGAAAGCCCCUGCAGUGUCACCAGUGAGAGCAGCAGCAAAGGCUCGCCCUCCUCCCAAGGCGGCUCCGUACCGGUGAUCCCCAAAGUCCGGAUCAAAACCAUCAAGACGUCGUCAGGCCAGAUCAAGCGUACGGUCACCAGGGUGCUGCCGGUGUUCGAUCCCGAAGACCUCAAAAAAGGGGCCGACCCCACCUCCAUAGUCGUCUCUUCCCUCUUGUCCUCCCCAACGUCGACGUCCGUGUUCUCCUCCCCGUCCCGAACCGCGCUGCCCACCACGGUGGUGGCAACGUCCGCGAGUUCGGCAAUGGAGGUCACCAAGCAGAUGACUAUCAAGCCGGUUGCCACCGCCUUCCUGCCCGUCUCGGCAGUCAAAACGGCUGGCUCCCAGGUUAUCAACCUCAAACUGGCUAACAACACCACAGUGAAAGCCACUGUCAUCCCCGCCGCCUCCGUGCAGAGUGCCAGCAGUGCCAUCCUGAAGGCCGCCAACGCCAUCCAGCAGCAGACGGUCAUGGUGCCCGCCUCCAGCCUCGCCAAUGCUAAACUUGUGCCAAAGACUGUCCACCUCACCAACCUCAACCUUCUCCCUCAGACCUCCACGACCUCCACCGAGCUCCACCAGGUGCUAAACAAGCCUCAGCAGCCCAUCAAGCAGGCCAUGAUCACCACUCAGCCUCCCAAGAAGGUGUCCCGAGUCCAGGUUCUCGCCAGCUCCCAAAGCUCUGUGGUCGAGGCCUUUAACAAGGUCCUGAGCAGCAUAAACCCGGUUCCUGUGUAUGUGCCCAACCUCAGCCCCCCCUCUGCGGCCUGCAUCUCCAUCCCCUCCCGGGGAUACAAAUGCCUGGAAUGCGGGGACUCGUUUGCCCUGGAGAAGAGCCUCACCCAGCACUACGACCGCAGGAGCGUCCGCAUUGAGGUCACCUGCAACCACUGCGCCAAGAACCUGGUCUUCUACAACAAGUGCAGCCUCCUCUCCCACGCACGGGGCCACAAGGACAAAGGCGUGGUCAUGCAGUGCUCGCACCUGAUCCUCAAGCCCAUCCCCGCUGACCAGAUGAUCGCCACCCCCGCGCACUCCUCCGUCGUCGCCACCGCCACCAUCCACAACUCGAACUCGCUGGGGAAGGCGGGCCCGGGCGUCGUCAGCACGGUGAUCUCCGCUCCCUCCACCGCCCCCGUGGUGGCCGCCAUGCCGCUGGACGAGGACUCGUCGAGGCUCUGCAGGCACAGCCUCAAGUGCUUAGAGUGCAGCGAGAUGUUCCAGGACGAGGCCUCCCUAGCGAUGCACUACCAACAGGCUGUGGAGUCCAGCGGACAGAAGACCUGCAAUAUUUGCCUAAUGCUGCUCCCGAACCAGUGCAGCUUUGUGUCACACCAGCGGAUCCACCAGCAUAAGUCUCCAUACGUCUGCCCUGAGUGCGGGGCCAUCUGCCGCUCAGUCCACUUCCAGACCCACAUCACCAAGAACUGCCUGCACUACACCCGCAGGGUGGGCUACCGCUGUGUGCACUGUAGUGUGAUCUAUGCGGACGUGGCUGCCCUGAAGUCUCAUAUACAGGGCACACACUGUGAGAUCUUCUACAAAUGCCCCAUCUGCCCCAUGGCGUUUAAAUCUGCCCCAGGCACGCACUCCCACGCCUACACCCAGCACCCGGGGGUAAAGAUUGGAGAGCCCAAAUUGAUAUACAAGUGCUCCAUGUGCGACACAGUGUUUACCCAGCAGACUUUGCUCUACUCACACUUUGACCAACACAUAGCCAAUCAGAAAGUGUCUGUCUUCAAGUGUCCAGACUGCUCCAUGCAUUACGCUCAGAAACAGCUCAUGCUGGAUCACAUUAAGUCAAUGCAUGGAACUCUGAAGACAAUCGAGGGCCCCCCAAACCUGGGCAUAAACCUGCCCCUCACCUCGAAGCCCACCAACCCCAUCUCCCCCAGCCCUAAUUGCAAGGAGGCUGGCGGCGCCGUCAACGGGUUCGAGAAGGGUGAGAAAAAGCCCCCCUCCCCGCUGAAGAGGGCCAACGCGGGGGCCCUCCCCAAAAAGCCCCCCAACCCUGGGUGGAUGUGCCGCGAGUGUGACCGCCUGUUCACGCAGCGGGAAGUCUACAUCUCCCACAUGAGGAGGGAGCACGGCAAGCAAAUGAAGAAACACCCGUGCCGACAGUGUGACAAGUCCUUCAGCUCCUCCCACAGUCUCUGUAGGCACAACAGGAUCAAGCACAAGGGCCUGCGGAAAGUCUUCUCCUGCCCACUCUGUCCUGACUCCAAUCGCACUUUCAGUAAACGCCUGAUGCUGGAGAAACACACCCAGCUCAUGCAUGGCAUUAAAGACGCGGAGGGGACAGCGGUGACCGACUCUGCCAACAUGGAGGUAGACACCGAGAAGGACUUUGCCCAGGCCUCCAGCCCCAAGCGCAAGCCAGAGGACGCGGGCGUGGACUUUCGCUCCCGGGGGGCGGCGGCGGCCCCGCAGCCGCUGAAGAAGCUGAAGAUCAACGUCUUCAAGGUGCACAAGUGCGCCGUGUGCAGCUUCACCACCGAGGACAUCGUGCAGUUCCACGAGCACAUCCCGCAGCACAAGUCGGACGGCUCGUCCCACCAGUGCCGGGAGUGCGGCCUCUGCUACACCUCGCACAACUCGCUGGCGCGCCACCUCUUCAUCGUGCACAAGCUGAAGGAGCCGCAGACGCUGUCGCAGCACAACGGCGCCGGCGACGAGGGCCAGCAGGAGAACCAGCCCGGGCCAGAGGACGCCGCCGACACCAAGUGCAAGGUGUGCGGCAAGACCUUUGAGACGGAGGGGGCCUUGAACACGCACAUGAGGACACACGGCAUGGCCUUCAUCAAGUCGAAGAGACUGAACGCAGCCGAAAAGUGAGGAGGGGGACGCCGCAGGAGAACUAUCCAAAUAUAACUGUGUCUGCGACAAGCUUGCCUCGUUUUAGCCAUUUACAGCCAAGUGUUGUAAAUAGAAGAGUACGGUUAAGACUUCCAAGCCCAGCUCGCUCUAUCUCUUCCCCUUCUCUUUCUCUCUCUCUCUCUUUUUCUCUCUCUCUGUCUAUGUCUAUAUAGGUAUAUAUAGACACGCA